CACACCGCGCGGGGACGGUCGCAUCGCUGGGCUGGGCUGGGCUGGGCUGGCUGCAAUGGCCCCCUGGCUGCCCACCAAGAAGGAGAAGUAUGGAGUUGCUUUGUGGAACUUUUCGGGCACGAACGAGCAUCACCUGCCGCUGCAGAUCGGGGAUACCGUGCACAUCCUACAGGCCUCGGAGGGCUGGUACAGAGGGUACUCGCUCAGGAACAGAGCCACCUGGGGCAUAUUCCCUGUCACACUGAUCCACCUGAAGGGCGCCCAUGUGGAGCAGAGGGGGGCGGAGGAGAACAUUGUGCCGGCGGAGAUGCCGAUGGUGCAGGAGAUCACCACCACGCUGCGGGAAUGGGCCACCAUCUGGAAGCAGCUCUACGUGAUGGGGCAGAAGGAGCGAUACGGGCAGGUCAGGAGGAUGAUGUGUGAGCUGAUGGAGAGGCGCUCGCAGCUGCUCUCUGGGACACUCCCCAAGGAUGAGCUCCUGGAGCUCAAGAAGGAGGUGACCAGCAAGAUCGACUACGGGAACAAGAUCCUGGAGCUAGACCUGGUUGUGCGUGACAAGAACGGGAACAUCCUGGACCCCGACAGAACCAGCAUCAUCAGCCUCUUCCAGGCUCACAAACAGGCCACAAGCAUGAUCAGUGAGCGCAUCCAGGAAGAGAUGUGCUCCCAGCACAGCGAGCUGGGCUGCAGUGCCCACCUGGCCUCGCCCUCCCACAACCUCUACCUCUGCGUCCGCAACUUCGUCUGCAACAUCGGGGAGGAGGCCCAGCUCUUCACGGCGCUCUACGACCCCGGCCAGCAGAAGAUGAUCAGCGAGAACUAUCUGAUCCGCUGGGCCAGCACGGGGGUCCCCCAGGACAUCGAGUUGCUCAACAACCUGAAGGCCAUCUUCACGGACCUGGGCAGCAAGGACUUGAAACGAGAGAGGCUCUUCCUGGUGUGUCAGAUUGUGCGGGUGGGGCGCAUGGACCUGAAGGAGACCUACACGCGGAAACUGAGCACGGGCCUCAGACGGCCCUUUGGCGUCUCAGUGAUGGACAUUACAGAUAUCAUCAAGGGAAAAUGUGAGAGUGAUGAGGACAAGCAGUACUUCAUUCCUGUGCACCUGGUAGCUGCUGAGAAUGAUUUCCUUCACACCAUGAUAAAGAAAGCAGUGGAGGGGAAGGAAAUCAACCACAAAGGACAAGGGUUCUGGGUGUCUCUGAAAAUGCUGUGGGGAGACCUGAGUCAGGUGCGGAAAGAUCAUCCUCACUUGGUGGACCGCAGCACAGUUGUGGUCCGCAAGUUAGGCUUCCCAGAGAUUAUCAUGCCAGGGGACAUCAGGAAUGACAUUUACCUCACAAUAGUGCAAGGCGAGUUUGACAAGGGGAACAAGAAGACGCAGAAGAACGUGGAGGUGACAGUGUGUGUCUGUGAUGAGACUGGAAACAUGAUGCAGAAUGUGAUUUUCCCGGGUGCUGGUGACAAGCCUUCAAGUGAAUAUCGUUCUGUGGUCUAUUACCAGCAGCGGCAACAGCGGUGGAUGGAGACAAUGAAGAUUGCCGUUCCCAUUGAGGAUGUCCACAGGACCCAUCUGAGAUUCACCUUCAGGCACCGCUCUUCCAGUGACUCUAAGGACAAAAGUGAGAAAAUUUUCUCCAUGGCCUUUGUGAAGCUGAUGAGACCUGAUGGUACAACCCUGCAUGAUGGUGAACAUGACCUCAUUCUAUAUAAGGGUGACAUCAGGAAAUUGGAGGAUGCCAGCUCUUACCUGAAUCUACCUUUUACGAGAAGUCUGUCAGAAACCAAGACCCUUUCUGGUUCGUCAUUCCGAGUGAGUGGUGGCACGGCUGGUAUGGGCAUAUGUUCCCGGGACAGCUUCCAAAUCUCCACCCUCGUCUGCUCCACCAAACUAACCCAGAAUGUUGACCUUCUGGGGCUGCUGAAGUGGCGGUCAAAGCCCAACCUCCUGGCUGGAAACCUCCAGAAGCUAAUGAAGGUGGACGGAGGAGAAGUCAUCAAGUUCCUUCAGGACACCCUGGAUGCCUUGUUUUCAAUUAUGAUGGAGAAUUCAGCCACGGAUGUCUAUGACACACUCAUCUUUGAUGCCCUAGUUUUCAUUGUGGGGCUCAUUGCUGACAGGAAGUUCCACCACUUCAAUGCUGUUCUGGAGGCCUAUAUCCAGCAGCACUUCAGCGCCACACUGGCCUACAAGAAGCUGAUCUCAGUGCUGACGCAGUAUGUGGACUCAGCCAGCCAAGAGGAGCCCUGUGAGUCGCUCUUACGCACCUUCAAAGCCUUGGAGUAUAUCUUCAAAUUCAUUGUCCGCUCCAGACACCUCUUUGCCCAACUCUACGAAGGGAGAGAAAAAGCAGAAUUCCAGGCUUCGUUGCAGCAAUUCUUCCUGUCUGUCAAUCAGCUGAUGAAAUCCACACUGGAGAGUACAACCCUGCUGUCCCAGGGAGCCGCUCUGAAGUACCUGCCUUCGAUCCUGGAAGACGUGUUUGGGAUCUUCGACUCCUCUAUGCUGGGGUGUUUGCUGCGGGAUUUCAUUGGGAACCUGCCCCCUCUGCGCCUGCUCAAGCAGAAGCUGCAGUCCCUGACGGACAUAGUCAACAGCAAGAUCUUCCAGUCCUAUGAGUGUCGAGAGAUGCUGCUGCAUACUACCAUCCCCAUCCUUCGGCAGCUGAUUGAGACGGGAGAGGAGGAGGAGGCUUGCAUUGAGCUGCUCAGCAAUAUCCUGGAGGUGCUGUACAAAGCCCAGAAGAGAGCAGAAGAGCAGCUGACACGUCGGAGUGGAGAAGAGAGACAGCACAGGGAGGACUCUGAGCUGAGGAAGGUGAAGGGGCAUGUGCAGAUGAUUCUGGAGCAGCUGCUGCGCACCGUCAAUCGCAGGGUGAUUGUCCUUGACCAGGAGCACGACCUAAGAAGUCACUACGUGGCCUGCAUGGCAGCCAUCCUGAACCAGAUGGACGAGGCCCAUUACAGCUCCUACAUCCAGGCCUUCUCAGCCCGGACCGACCUGAUGGACUUUCUCAUGGAGACCUUCAUCCUGUUCAAGGACCUGAUCGGCAAGACGGUGUAUCCCUCUGACUGGAUGGUGAUGAACAUGGUGCAGAACCGGGAGUUCCUCCGAGCCAUCAACCAGUUUGCUGACACCUUGACCCAGAUGUUCCUGAGCAGCAGCAGCUUGGAACUGCAGCUUUGGAACAAUUAUUUCCACCUGGCAGUUGCCUUCCUCACCCAGGAUUCCCUGCAGCUGGAGAACUUCUCCCAGGCGAAGCGCACCACCAUCCUUGCCAAGUACGGAGACAUGAGAGCCACCAUUGGAGCCGCCAUCCGGGACAUGUGGUACAACCUAGGCCAUCACAAGAUUCGGUUUAUCCCUGGCAUGGUGGGCCCCAUCCUGGAGAUGACGCUGGUGCCCGAGCUGGAGCUGCGCAAAUCCACCAUCCCCAUCUUCUUCGACAUGAUGCUGUGCGAGUACCAGCUGACCAAGGCCUUCAGCAUGCCUCCUCAGCUGCUGCCAGAAUCACCCCGAGCUGGCCAAGCCCAGUGAGAAGUUCGUGGCCCUGGUCACGGGCCUCCUGGAGCGGUUGCUGGACUAUCGCGCUGUCAUGAACGACGAGAACAAGACCUACAGCAUGAGCUGCACCGUCAACCUGCUGAACUUCUACAAGGAAAUCGACCGCCGGGCCAUGUACAUCAGGUACCUGUACAAGCUCAAGGAGCUGCACGUCAGCUACGAAAACUACACGGAGGCGGCCUACACCCUGCUGCUGCACGCGCGGCUCCUCAAGAUGUGGGAGGAGGCGAUUCACAUCUGCAAGGAGCUGGCCGAGCAGUACGAGAGUGAGGUCUUUGAGUACGAAAUGCUGAGUGACAUCCUGCAGCGGGAGGCAAAGUUCUAUGAGAACAUCUUGAAGGUGCUGCGGCCUAGCCCAGACUACUUCGCCGUGGGCUACUACGGGCAGGGUUUCCCCACGUUCCUGCGGAACAGGGUGUUCAUUUACCGAGGCAAGGAGUACGAGCGCCGGGAGGACUUUGAGAUGCGGCUGCUGACUCCCUUCCCCUACGCCGAGAAGCUGCAGACCACGUCCCCACCGGAGCAGGACGUCACCGACUCACCGGGCCAGUAUAUCCAGUGCUUCACCGUGCAGCCCGUGGAGGAGGCCAGGGACCGAUUCAGGGGCAGGAACGUCCCUGAGCAGAUUGUCAAUUUCUAUAAAGCCAACAACGUCCAGCAGUUCAGCUACUCGCGGCCCUUCAGGAAAGGCCCGAAGGACCCUGACAACGAGUUUGCGACCAUGUGGAUUGAGAGAACGACCUAUGUGACGGCCUAUCCGCUGCCUGGGAUCCUGCGCUGGUUCAUGGUCAUAGCCACCGCCAGGACCAUUAUCAGCCCCCUGGAAAAUGCCAUCGAGACCAUGAAGAAAACCAAUGAGAAAAUCCUGACCGAGAUCAACCGGCACCACAGCGAGCCCAGCCUGCCUGUCAACCCGCUCUCCAUGCUCCUCAACGGCAUCGUGGACCCGGCCGUCAUGGGGGGCUUCGCCAAGUAUGAGACGGCGUUUUUCCAGGAGGCCUAUCUGACGGAGCACCCCGAGGACCAGGCCAGUAUUGAGAAGCUGCAGGAUCUGAUCGCCUGGCAGAUUCCGCUCUUGGCAGAGGGGAUCCGGAUCCACGGCAGGAAGGUGACUGAGGACCUCAGGCCCUUCCACGAGCGCAUGGAGCAGUGCUUCGUGCAGCUGCGAGCCAAGGUGGAGAGCCAGUACGGCCUGCGGGAGCUGCCCUUCCUGGAGGAGAGGCGCGGAGGCCGCCCCCACUCCAAGCUGUGGGGCCCGGAGACGGAGCCACCUAGCCGCCCACACCAAGACAGCACGGAGCCCCCUUCCUCCAGGAAGUCGGUGCCCUGUGCUCCUGAGCGUCCCCCUGAGGCCGAGGAGCGCAAGAGCGACCGCAAGGAGAAUCGCGGCAGCACCUUCUUUGGGUACCGGCGGCAGGAGCAGCGCCAGUCCGUCCUGGAGUCCCCGGAGCCCAAGGAGGAGAAGUGGAGACUCUCCCGGAACAUGACUGAGAGCUGCCUGGCCGGUGCCGAGGGAAAACAGCCACCCCCGGAGAGAGAUGCCAGCGCUGCAUCCCCUACCGCAACAGGGGCGUCAGGGUCCACCCGGGGCUUCACAGGACGGGUGAAGAGCGCCAGCAAGGCCCCCCCCCUGCCCCGCAAAAUCAGCUCCAGUGUGUACGAGACCUUCAUGGAGCAGAACGCCGCGCCCAACAGUGGGAAGCAGCUGACAGUGGAUGGAAGUAAAGGGCUGAAAUCACCACCCCCGCCACCCCCCAAAUCCAAGCGCAUAUCCCCGACCUGAGCUGCCCCACUGCCCAUGACCGGCCCCCUCGCUGUCCCGCUCAGGAGGGUGACUUUGCUGAUGGAGGUGUUUGCUGGCUGCUUGGUCCGGCCCCCACCCCUUUGUGCCCUCCAUGCUCCUGCACCCGCCCCCCCCCCUCCUCCUCCCCGGCUGAGCCCUGGGCCAGACUCAUUCAUCUUUCCUACAGCAGCCCGAGCAUCCCACCACCCCCUCACUCCAGUUCCCAUGUGCUUGGAGCUGCAGAAGCCCCAGCCUAGCUCAGCCUCCCUCUCACAGGAGGCACCAGCCUAGGUCAGGUCUAGGGCCGUCUGCCCCGCUGAGGAUGGUGUAGGAAACAUUGCAGCCAGCAAAUCUGCCCCAGUGAAGGGCUGCUGCUGCCCCAGGAGUUAGAGGUCAGCUGCAUUCCUGAAGCAGGGCUCUGGGUCCCUCCCCAGCUCUCCUUUUCCUACGAACUAGUUGUGCUCUGGAUAGUCUCGUUCUAAGGCCCAGCUCCUAAGCCAUCCUGUGGCGGUGAGUUCCACAGGCAAAUGCAAUGCUGCCUGGGGGAAAUAUUUCAGUUCUACGGCCUGUCCGUGUGCUGUGAGGCCAGGAGAACAGGGGCUCUGCUGCCCGGUGGCCGAGCAGUUAGUGUUUGAUAGACUCAGUCCACACACUUGGCAGGAACAAUCCCCAGCAGGUCAGCCCCCUUGGUACAGGACGGUUUGCCAGGUCCUGACCCCCUAGGGCUGCGCUGUCCCUGGGCGGGGCUGGAGGUGGGUGGCCCCUGAGCACCCAUACCCCCCCCGCGCUGGUCCCAGAGCAGCGCCGGAAUAGUCUCUGUAUCAGCCCCUCCCCGAGGCUGCGACCCCUGGAGCCGUGGUGCAGUGAGCUGCCUGCACACCGCUGGGGCCCCUCUGCAGCAACCGGAGAUCAGUUCAGCCACAGCCACUGCCCAUCGCCUGGUCCCAGCCGGCCUCCCGCACUGUGGGCAGCGCCCAUGGACUGAGCCCCUCCAGUGUGGGGCAGGAGCCAGCCUGCUGCUGCUGCUCUCGCCCCCACCUCCCACCCCCGGGCUGCAGCAUGAUGGGCUUGUGCGUCCCCACCAUGGGCUCUGCGCCAGCCGAGCCGACCUAGGGCUGGGGCAGCCCCAGGCUUUGUGUUCUGCCCACCCCCAGCCGGCCAGGCCCCGCUGCUUUCCCAGCGCGUCCCCGCCGCACUGCUGGGGUUCGUGUGCCUGGGGCCAUGGGAUGCCUCCAGCUGCCUGCCAAUAAAGCGAAUAAAUCCUCCAGCCUGCGCCCUGCAAAUCAGUGCCCAGCCCCGAC